CGCCGGAGUAGCAAAGUGAGCAACUGAGGGGCAGAGGAGCUGGUCUCGUCUAAGGGCACAGAAAUCAACAUGGCUAAGGUCCCUGACCUCUUUGAAGACCUGAAGAGCUGUUACAGUGAAAAUGAAGGCUACAGUUCUGACAUUGACCAACUCUCUCUGGCUCAGAAGUCCUUCUAUGAUGCAAGCUAUGACCCACUUCCCAAGGAAUGCAUGGACAAAUUCAUGUCUCUGAGUACCUCUGAGACCUCGAAGACAUCCCAGCUUACCUACAAGGAGAGUAUGGUGGUGGUGGCAGCCAGUGGGAAGAUUCUGAAGAGGAGACGGUUGACUUUCAAUCAGUCUAUGACCAACAAUGACCUGGAUGCCAUUGCCAAUGAUCCAGAAGAAGAAAUCCUCCAGUCCACGUCAGUGCCUUACAGCUCCCAGGGCAACAUGAGGUACCCCUUCAUGAGGGUCAUCAAGCAACAAUUCAUCCUGAAUGACGCCCUCAACCAAAGCAUCAUUCGAGACACAUCGGGUCAACUCCUCAUGGCUACCGCAUUAAAUAAUCUGGACCAAGCAGUGAAAUUUGACAUGGGUGCUUAUAAGUCAAAUGACCUUAAACGUCCUGUGACUCUAAGGAUCUCAGAAACACGACUGUUUUUGAGUGCCCAGGAUAAAGAUGAUCCGGUAUUGCUAAAGGAGAUGCCUGAGACACCCAAGACCAUCACAGAUGAGACCAACCUCCUCUUCUUCUGGGAAACUCAUGGCACUAAGGAGUAUUUCGAGUCAGUUGCCUAUCCAAAGUUGUUUAUUGCCACAAGGCAAGAAAAACCAGUGCACAUGGCAAGUGGGCCACCCUCUAUCAUUGACUUUCAGAUACUGGAGCACUAGCCUUGACUUUGGAGUCUACUUACUUGUGAAAUGUUGCCAGUCCAUAUGUACCAUGUACAUGAACAAUUGAAACCCUUUCCUCUUAGUCACUUGCUCAGCAUGUGCUGAGCCUUCGUAAUUCUAAAUGAAUGUUUACUCUCUUUGCAAGAGAGGGAGUAAGGUCUAGUGAACCAACACUAAUAUAUAAUGUUGCUUGUUAUUUAAGGAACACCUUCUACUAUGCAAAGUGCCAAUCAUUUUAAUUAUUAUUAUUCAUAGCAAUCUUGGGAGGACCAGGGCUCUCGACUAUAAAAUAGACUCUACCGGUGUUGCAUAGGAGUUAACCAAGGCACAAGAAAACUAAGAAAGGCCCACAGUGGCAGUUGGAUGAGAAGCCAUAGACCCAGGAUCUCAUUCCAACUGCUCACCUUCUGCUUUUAAGUUGCUGAUGAACCCUUAAUCAAAUUCUGUAAGUUUCUGAGACUUCAGUAAGAUCGUCUUCAAAAUGGAAGGAAUGAUUCCUAUGUCCUUUCUGCCUCAACAGUAUUUUAUGAGUCAGUGAGAUCAUUUCAGUAAAAUACGUCUUGAAGCUGAGCCUCAAGAGUAAGGCAAAACAUGGAAUGUUACCUUAUUAUUUAUAUGUAUAUAUAUUUAUAAAGAUAAUUUAAGAUAUUAUAACAUAUUAUUAUAUUUAUAGCAAUUCUUUGUAACCUCUGAGUGUGACCAGGCAUCCUCAACAACAGACAGUGUUCCCCAGGCUGAAUGAGUUUGAUAUAGUUACUCCAAGGCACUUUGGUCCAAGUCAUGUUUUUUCCAUUGCCAUGAGACUCUGUAUUCAGUAUCCAGGAUCCCUGGAAUUAUCAUAAUAAAUUUGUAUUAAUGAUUUUGUUUGUUUGAGCUGACAAUUGGCCAAAAUCUUCUGUUCCUCUGCCUUUAAACUUGUCUUGUCAAUCGUGUGCCAUUCAAUUUCACCUGCUAUCUGAAACAGAAUGAACUUAACUUUGGCAACCACAGAACAACUGUUAUCUACACUUUUUUUUCUGGAACAUAAACAAUGUUCC